AAGAAAAGAAAAAAAAGAAAAAAAAUUUAACUUGUUCUUGAAGAAGAAGCCAAAGUCCUAAAUAUAUAAAGACCAAACGUGUCCCCAUUUCUCCAAAGUCGCUGGACUUGUAAAUCUCACGUUCUUCCCUCUCUCUUUCUCUCUCCCUUUUUCUUCCCUCCUUUUUCCAGAAUAAACAAACAAACAAACAAACCCUUGUUGCGGCGGUGAACAGAUUCCGAUGUCCAAAACCUAGCUACCGCCGCCGCCGCCGCCGCCGCCGUCGAGUUUGCCGGGAAAACUGACAUCUCCUUUAAUUAUGCCGACUUAUACAGCAAUAGCCUUCGAGAAUCUACUAGAACCUCGUGUUCGGAAAUCGCAUGGGAAGCUGAAUGAGAGGAACGAUGAGGAACAAGUUGUGGCAGAUGUUGAAUCAGAGCCGGUAUCGGAGCCGGUGAAUCAUAUAUAUAUAUCGCCGGCGUUGUAUAUAACGCCUGAACCAGCUCCGAUUCCGGAAACUUCUUCUGGUUCGAUGUCUCCUUCUCCUUAUUUGGUUAAUCAUAAGCGACGUGGAGGUGGAGAAGCAUUUGCAAAUAGGAAACUUGAUGGAUUGGAGGAAGUUGAGCAAGUUGACGAGAAGACUGAUUUGGAUUUGCAUUUGAAUUUGGAAGAGGAGCCAGCUGAGGACAAUUUGUUUGAGGAAGAUGAGGGAUUUUUGGAUCCGAGAUGUGAUGCGUUAAGUAUUGGAAGUGUUAAUGAGGUGAAAGGGCUUGAUUGCCGGAGCUGUGUCUCUGCUCAAGGAGAGUUCUUUGAUGCAGAUGAAGAUUUCCAAUCCUUGGAAGGGUCAUCUCUGAAUGGAUCUACAUAUGAACCUAAUAUUGAAUCGGAUCUGUGCGCCACAAGGCUCAAACUCCUUGAGGAAAUUGAAAAGAGAAAAACUGCAGAGGAUGCACUUAAUAUGAUGCAAUGUCAGUGGCAGAAAAUCUGUAGUGUUCUGUCUCAGGCUGGGUUAACACUUCCUUCUCCUUCUGAUGUCAUUGGUGGUAUACAGCUUGAUAAUGCUUCAAUUGAGCAGCUCUCUCAGGAAGUAGUUGUCACAAGAUUUGUUGCUGAAGCAAUAGGAAAAGGUCAAGCUCGUGCAGAAGCUGAACUAGCCGCUGAGUCAAUUCUUGAAUCAAAAAACCAGGAGAUUUCAAGGUUGAGAGACAGGCUCCGGUACUAUGAGGUUGUAAAUCAUGAAAUGUCCCAGAGAAAUCAGGAAAUCAUUGAGGUUGCUCGGAAGCAGCGUCAGAGGAAAAGAACCCAGAAGAAGUGGCUAUGGAGUUGUAUAGGGCUCUCUGCUGCCAUUGGCGUUUCAGUGGUUGCUUAUAAGCACCUGCCACAGACAAGUAAACAUCAACCAAUUUCAUACGCCAGUGAAUCAACAGGUGCUGGCACUCACAAAACUACCUAACAAACUUGGUUAAUUUGCUCAGCCAACAUGCACGCACUGCAGAGUUCAGGGUUUUAAGAAGAGUUAUACAUAGGUUAGGUCUUGCGGGAAAACAUGGUUUCAUGCUGCAGUUUUUCUCCUCUAAUAAAAGUUGGCCGAGUUGGUCAAUCUUGCUCAAAGUUCCAAUGCCGUUGCUGGUACUAAAUGAAGAGGGUUCGCUUAGUAGUGCCUUUGCAGGUCAGAUUUCAAGGCUGUUGAGUUUGCCGACUUAAUAAUAGUGACCUGAGUUUGUACUGCAGUUUUUUGCCAGUACUCAAUGUUGUUCUCUCUGUAUUGGGUACUGUUCACAACUCGGGUAGAUGAUCAGUUCAGUUUAUGUUUUGUAUACGUUAGGCUAGGCGGUCAGUAGGAAUGUUGUGCCUGCUUUCAAUCUACGAUGUAACGUUCCUAUUUAGUUAUUAAUUAAAGAGAGAGAUCUCUGUAA